AUGCUUUAUACUCGCAAGGAAGCUGUAACCUUCCAUGGUAAUUUGAAAGAAGAGCGACUCAACACCUCAAGAUCUCUUCGGAGUUUCAAUGGGGCGAGAAAGGCCUUUCUUGUGAAGGCGUCAAGAAAACAUAAUGCAAAGCCUCGGGAAGAGAUGCCAAGGGAUGAGAAUGACAGUCUUGAGAUAAUGUUCAAUUCUUCCUCGUCUAUUAAUGCCGAAAACGUGUCAUACUAUUCGUCCCUUUCGAGGAACGAUUCUGCAACUGGAUGGCACGAUGAGACCGCUGAUUGGAACAACAUUGAAGUUGCCUCGGUUAACUCGCGGGGCGAUCACGUCGGAUCCGGCUGCAGAGUUACGCCCGUCGAAAAACUUGAGGGUCUUAGUGACCGCUCGUCGUCGCCGCGUAAUUCUUUUGAAAGCGACGAGACGCUGGUGUCUGACAGGGAGCCAGAGUAUAAACCCUCCAAUCGGAUUGUAACAGAGUGUACACCCAGGAUCCAGCAGCUCUUUCAUCCAACACACGCAAGUGGAGAUAAGAACCUAGAAGCUGGUGAAGCGACACAGCAUUCGGGCACCCCUGGGGCGCUGAGCGAAACAUCAGCUGUUAUACGUCUACAGCGUUGGUGGCGCAGACACCUUUGUCGUCAAAAGACUGAAGCUGUAAUGCUAGAGCAACUACUUGCAGAGGAGAAACGACGCAUCGGUGGGCGGGUAUCUUCACUUGCCUCAACACCCAGAUCGGCUAGAAAGCCGGUGGGAAGCCGAACACCCAGGGUAAGUAUUUCAGUCUCAUUAUCGAAGAAACCUCUGUUUUUGAUGCUGAGGCAUUUGCACAAUCAUAUCGGGUACGUGUUCGUAAAGGUAUAUUCCUAA